AUGGAUGGUGAGGGAAAAGCAGAGGGGAAAAAAGUCCAGGAAUCUAUGAAAGAUACCAAGGGUCCAGGAUUUUUCAGAGUUAUGGUAUGGAUAGACGAAGAAGAUGUAAAUGGAACAGUAGUGGUCAAGUCUUUUGGAGGCGUCCAUCAGUUCAAUCAAAGAUUAGUGAUUGAUUUACAUUCUUCUGCCUACAAAUACCUCUAUGUUGAGUUUGUCAGAGGGAUUUGUACAAAAGAUCCAGGAACAUCUAAUGGUACUGUUGUGAUGGGUCGCGCGAAGAUUCGAUUGCCUCCUUGGAACAGUUGCAACAAGUACGCAUCUAAGGUCGACCUCAUUGGUUUGAACAGUGAACGAUGUGUAGUUGUUAAGGGAUACCUAAAUUUGUCUGCAACUUCAUAG